GACUUUUGACUUAAUUCGUUUGGGGUUCGGAGUAGGAGUCUACUCCGAGGGUGGGGGCUUAGGUUUCAUCAUCAUCACCUUUCAUCAUUUCAUUAAUCAUCAAGAAAAAAAAUACGUCAGACAUGGCUGUAUGGGCAUAGUUCCCUUUGCCUUACCCUUCGGGGAAAACCAAAACAAAAAAAAAAAGUUGACAUUUGUUUACAAACUGAGGUUAUGUGGUGAAUUCACAGAGUACUUUUUAUAUUUCCCUUAAUUUGCUUGAUUUAUAAAUACGAAGAUUGGUUUACUUAACCAUCUGUUACGAUGCUAGAUAAAAUGUUAUACAAUACUGUAUUGAGUCAAGUUUUUUCACCGUGCGGCAAGUAUUUGGUAGCCGGCAAUAUUUACGGACAAAUUGCUGUAUUUGAUCUCGAUCGAAUUCUAAACCCAAUUCCUGAAUUGCUGACAGACGAUUAUAAUAAGCCAAAGUUUGUGCAUACAUUUGAAAAUCGUAGCCAGAUUUGUAGUUUGGCUAGUACAGAAAAGUUUUUAAUAAUUGGAACUGUGAAUGAAAUUACUGGAUGGGACUGGAAAGCUGUCAUAUGUGCCAAACUGGGGAAGCCAUCAUGGACAAUAAGGACUCCCUCGCAACCGUCUAUGGAACAGAGUGAUAUCAACUGUUUGUGGUUAUCUGAAGGUGAAGAAAAACUGUUUGCUGGUUGUGGAGAUUGUAACAUCUAUGCAUUUAACCUGGAGGAUGGUAGAUUAGUGUCCACUUAUGAGGGCCACACUGAUUUCAUACAUUCUGUCCAUGGAAAGGGUAAUCAACUUAUAUCAGCAGGGGAAGAUGGCUCAGUUUUGCUAUGGGACAUAAAGACUGGCAAAGCUCAUAACAAAGUGCAGCCCUAUACUAAUAGCAAGGUCAGCCGCCCUGAUGUUGGCAAGUGGGUUGGCUCUGCUUCACUAGGAGAAGAUUGGAUUAUAUGCGGUGGAGGACCACGUCUCGCGCUCUGGCACCUGCGAUCCCUCGACGCAGUAACAGUGUUCGACAUCCCUGACCACGGCAUCCACGUGUCCUUCUUCCAUGACGACUGUGUCGUCGCCGGAGGAACUGCCAAGCAUCUAUACCAGCUAAGUUACUCCGGAGAAGUCAAAGUAGAACUACCAGUGUCAGCCACAACGGUAUACUCAGCAGCAUUAAGAACCAGCCCUAACAAAGUCCUGGCUAUAGCUGGCUCCAGCCCUGAAAUAGACCUCUGCACAACAUUCAACUACAGAGACCAAGUUUUACAUUUUCGGUAAGUUUAAUCUAGUAUUUUUCAAGUAAAGUCUUUGAAGUAGGUUAAGACUUUGAUAAUAAAAUAUCUGAAACAUACA